GACACUACAAAUCAUUCUGCAAGGCUACUCCUCAGCUCACAGCUUGUCUCAGCGACUUCAGUGCCUUCCCUCUCCUCUCCUGCUCCGCUGGGCAGUGUUGGUGCAGUCAGUAGCUGGAUAUACCCUUCCCAUCAGCAGGUCCACUCCUUCACGUGUGGAAAAAAAAAAACUCAACAACACUCAGCAACACUCAGGAGCCAUGGCAGAGAUUACCGGAACAUUCCGCAUGGUGUCGGAGGAGGAGCAGGCGCUCCGAUCUAAACUGGAGAGGCUCACCGUCAAGGAUCAUGGACCGGUCUUCGGGGUUUGUGACAAACUGCCUCCUCACACCAUCCAGAAGGCAAAGGACGAGAUGAGCGAGACGGAUGAGAAGCAGGAGAGUGCGGUGAAGGAGCUGCGUGCGCUGAUGCAGAAGAAGGAGGACGCCGGAGAGGACGCUGGCAAGUCCGUGGCAGAGCGCAUGCUGGACAAGCCCGACGCCAUCCUCCUGCGCUUCAUCCGCGCACGCAAAUACGACGUCACCCGCGCCUACGAGCUCAUUAAAGGGUACGUCCGUUUUCGGGAGCAUUACCCCGAGCUCUUUGAGAACCUGACCCCCGAGGCGGUGCGCAGUACGAUCGAGGCGGGGUACCCCGGGAUCCUCUCCAGCAGAGACAAGUACGGCCGCGUGGUGCUGCUCUUCAACAUCGAGAACUGGGACUAUGAGGAGAUCACCUUCGAUGAGAUCCUGCGUGCCUACUGUGUGAUCCUGGAGAAGCUGCUGGAGAACGAGGAGACACAGAUCAACGGGUUCUGCAUCAUCGAGAACUUCAAGGGCUUCACCAUGCAGCAGGCCUCCGGGAUCAAGCCCACCGAGCUCAAGAAGAUGGUGGACAUGCUGCAGGACUCGUUCCCAGCCCGGUUCAAGGCGGUCCACUUCAUUCACCAGCCGUGGUACUUCACCACCACAUACAAUGUGGUCAAGCCACUGAUGAAGGGCAAGCUCCUAGAGAGGGUCUUCGUUCACGGGGACGAGUUGGAAUCCUUCUUCAAGGAGAUCGACGCUGACAUCCUGCCCUCGGAUUUCGGUGGGAAGCUGCCCGCGUACGACGGGAAGGCGACGGCUGAGAAGCUGUUCGGUCCGCGGAUCGAGUCCGAGGACACGGCUCUCUAACCCUGACGCUCCCCAGCGACAGAAGGAUAAGAGCUCAGCGAAACGAGAAAGAGUCAAUAAUAGGGUUGCUGUAUUAGAUUUCUGUAAGAGGCAGUCAAGAAACACUGUGAUUUCGAGGAGCGGAUUAAAACCGUGCACCAGAAAAUAACUGAACCAACGCAAACUAAAACCCAGAAGGCAGAUUUCCGGCUCGUUUUAUUUAUGAGAUUUGUAUUAUUCUCCCUGAGACCAGUUUCAAACGUACACCGGCUCGCUGCGGCUCGUAAUGACUUCUGCUUUCUCGAGGUCCUGGGAUAAAUGAUCUCACGAUCGCGACAUUACGAAUCCCCUGCCCCCCCAUGGCCUCAACGAGCCACCGUACAAACGCACAGAAAAUAUCAUUAAGUGACUGUGCAAAAUGACUCCCCGCUAUAACAAAUAAAAUAGUUUUGAUAUCUUGUACAGGAUAAGUGCUACAACUUAUAUAUAUAUAUAUAUAUAUAUAUAUAUAUAUAUAUAUAUAUAGUAAAUAAGAACUGGAGAAGAGGGCUAUAGUGGAAAAUUAUUGACCCGAGGGAAGACUGUUGUUAACCGACAGGGGGCUACAAUGCCCGAAGCCGCAGGAGGUAACAAUAGUUUCCUGAGGGGCAUUUAAUUUUCCACUAUGGCUGAGUGUGCAGUACAUAUUUAAUAUAUGAAUCAGUGAAGUAUCGCUGAUACAGCAUAAGUAAAUAAAUAACAUAAAUAAUGCAUAGUUAUUUAUGUUAUUUAUUUGGCCCCACUGAUGCGCCCCUUACACCGUCCAAUAGGAAAGCAUUAACAAUACCAGCCUUUUACUGUGAAGAGUGGUUAUGUUAUAAAUCUAAGAUUUCACUUAAGAUAUUGGGUUUAAAAAAUAUAUAAAUAAAGAAACGAAAAAACAAA